AUGGACAUUACUCUUCACUCCUCUAUGCCUCUCCCCUUCGCCUACAAUUGCGCCAUUCUCUCCGCCUCUUCCACUGCCUCUUCUUCCUCUUCCUCUUCUUCCAAUGCCGGACUUCUGUCCGGUCCUAUCAUGGAUACCAGAAUAUGGAGUAAACUGCCGCAGAAGCUGCUGGACCGGGUGGUCGCGUUUCUUCCGCCGCCGGCCUUCUUUCGUGCCCGUUGCGUCUGCAAGAGAUGGUACGGCCUUCUCUUUUACGCUACCUUUCUCGAAACCUACCUCCAACUCUCCCCUCAUCGCCGCCACUGGUUCCUGUUCUUCAAGCUCAAAGGCCUUUCCAGCCACAUUUACAGGAAUGAUACUAACUCCCCACUUGGAGUACCCGCCUCCAGACCCACCUACGAGGGGUACCUGUUUGAUCCAUAUGACGUGGCAUGGUACCGGCUGUCGUUCGCUCAAAUUCCGGCGGGGUUCUCACCGGUGGCCUCCUCCGGCGGGCUAAUCUGUUGGGCGCCGGACGAGGGGGGUCCCAAAAGUCUAAUCCUAUCGAACCCAAUUCUAGGCACCUUAUCUCAGCUGCCCCCGACAGUAAGACCACGCCUAUUCCCUUCAAUCGGCCUCGCCAUAACCCCAUCUUCCAUAGACGUGACGGUGGCCGGAGACGACUUAAUAUCCCCUUACGCCGUGAAAAAUCUAACGGCAGAAACCUUCCACAUAGACAGCGGCGGAUUCUACUCAAUGUGGGCCACCACCUCAGCUCUGCCACGUCUAUGCAGCUUCGAAUCAAAUCGAAUGGUCCACGUGGAAGGAAGAUUGUACUGCAUGAACUACAGCCCAUUCAGCAUCCUUGCAUACGACGUGUCACAAAACAAGUGGUGGAAAAUCCAAGCACCAAUGAGGCGGUUUCUACGGUCGCCAAACCUGGUGGAGAGCCGAGGGAAACUGCUGUUGAUGGCGGCGGUGGAGAAGAGCAAAUUGAACAUACCAAAGAGCCUCCGGGUAUGGGGGCUGCAAGGGUGCGGAACGACGUGGAUAGAAAUGGAGCGAAUGCCGCAGCAAUUGUACGUGCAGUUCGAGGAAAUGGAAAAAGGGUGUGGGUUUGAAUGCGUGGCGCAUGGGGAAUUCAUGGUGGUUUUAAUUAAAGGGUGUUGGGAUAAGGCCGCGCUCUUGUAUGACAUGUCCAAGAAACUCUGGCAGUGGAUUCCGCCGUGUCCCUAUAUUGGCAACGGCGGCGGCGGCGGAGAAGAGGUUCUUCAUGGGUUUGCUUAUGAGCCGAGAUUGGCCACGCCAGUCACCGGACUCAUCGAUCACUUCUCCCUUCCCUUUCACAAUUACAACGCUAAUCAUCCGUGA